AUGAAUAAUACUACUGUACUAUUAUUACAGAAAAAUGUUGAGUUAGUAACAAAAGAUGUUGAUGAUACUGUAGGUGCUAUUAUAUAUAUUAUUGUUGUUCUUUCAUGGUAUUCAUUAGGUACUGUCUGUUUACUGGGAAUGCAAUUGCUAGCACCUACUGACGUUGUUGAAAAUUCAUUUAAAUAUUCAACUCAAUUAUAUAGUCAAAAUUCUCAUGAAAAGACAAAUAAAGAAUUAGUUGAUAAAGAAAAACGAGCUAAAUUAUGGAAUAUAUAUUGGGGUACGUCAAAAGGUAUGCAUGAUCGAAUUAUACAUGCUGACACUCUUCGUAUACAUAAUAUUCAACGACAAUUAGCAACAAUCAAUGAUCACGAAAGAAUUCAGUCUUUAUCUCAUGCUGAUUCUUUUCAUUCAACUUUAAAACCAUCAUUCAACGGUCACAUACGUCGGCGAAGUCAAUCACUCAUUGAUCAACAAAUAAUUGAAAAAUGGAGAACAACUGUUAAUAGUUUGAAAACACAAGAAAGUUUACCAUGGUCUCUUCCAAGAUUUUUUCUUCGACGAAAUUUACGACGACAACAGUAUAAUAAAGAUUAUCCAAUUUAA